AUGGCGGGAGCCAGCGAGGCCUGGGCCGCUCCCCCGGCGCAAGGGGAGGCAGGGCCGCCUUGGUUUUGCCUUGGGUCUGGGCGCACGCCUGCUCCCCGCCGGAGCCUCCUCCCUCAGGGAAGGGGCAGUUGCCACUUGAUAGAAAAAAAGGAGAAGUGCCAGCCCCAGGCCUUACGCGGCCCUCGGCCCCGUAACACUGCGCGUCUGGCACUCGUAAAGACUGUUGUGCACAAAUCAUCCCUACGAAGUAAGACUGUCAGGAUUUUCAAAGGACAUCCAGAAAGCCGAGGCUGGAAUGCAGAUGGAAAAGGCCCUAAUGUCUGGGACACAUUCACCCAUCAGGGAGGAGAUCGAGUUUUCAAGAACCAGACUGGUGAUGUAGCUUGUGGCAGCUACACUCUGUGGGAGGAAGAUUUGAAAUGUAUCAAACAGCUUGGAUUGACUCAUUAUCGCUUUUCUCUUUCCUGGUCACGUCUGUUACCUGAUGGGACGACAGGUUUCAUCAACCAGAAAGGCAAUUGUUUCUUAAAAAUAGAAGGUUGCAGCUUUAAUUCAAGGUUAUUGCUGCAGUCUGGCAUAAUUAAUCCAGUAUGCUAUUCUGCAGUGUAG